AUGAGACUCACCGCCCUCUCAAACCCCUGCACCGCAGCUGCGGCCGCCUUGGCCCUGUUCUCGUGCGCCGAGGUGGCGUUUGCCAGGCCAAGUCCUGAGCCCAAGGUCCCUUCGCGGGUGCAAUGGUCUCGCAACCGCGGCAAGAAGAUUGCCAGAACUGUCCUCCAGCAAUCUCUCGAGGCGCGGCAAUACUCCAACACGACAUCUGCCUCCUGUCCCGAGACCAAGGCCACCAGCAUCACUGCCCCCUAUGAGAACAUCUGGGCCGGUCUCUCUGACGGGGAAGCUGCUUCGGUCAUCGCGUGGUUGUUUGGCCAGCCUGCGCUCAACCUGACCGCUUCGGAGAACGCUACUGCGUGGGACAACACAAUUCUCUUGGUCGAGCUGAUGAUCCCCAACAAGACUGAUGCCGUGGCGUAUAUCGACAGCGGAGCCGCAACUCCCGCCCGCUAUGCGCGCGUCGUUAUUGACAACCGUGCCACCGUGGAUCCCUACUUCCAAGACCUUCUUGUGGGUCCCUUACCCUUGAAUAAUGCCACUGCCAGCUAUCAACCACUUGAGUUCCCCCUCACGCGCAAAACGGAGGGCAAGGUGCGCAAUGUUGGAGCCGACGAUGAUGAUGCCCUGUACUCAGCCUGGCUGUACAAGAUCGGCGCUGAGAUGGUCGACAUCACCAUGGAUCUGUGGGGUGGUUCUGCCAUGGGUGCUGAUAACGACACGUUGGAUAUCUGGGGCAUCGACCCCCUGUGGCAGGACGACGGUCGCAUCAUCCGCUGGGACAGCUUUUGGAAUACGCCUAACGACAUCUUCGACGCCGAGACGCUGCUGCCGCUCGGUCUGUACUUCAAGAGCGACGUGACGGGCCGCGACCCUAGUCAGUGGAAGCUUGAAGGAUGGCUGUACAACAACAUCUUUUACAAUACCACCGAGGAGUUCCGUGCGGCGUACUGGAGCGGUGCUGUCGAGAAGCUGGCUGCCAACGUGGACGGCACUUGGGCGCACACCGACCAGCAGGGUGAUGUUCUCCCCAGCGAUGCAAACUAUCCCCCGACCACGAUUGCCCCCUCGGGCUCGCGGUUUUCGCUCGACUACGAACGCAAGUACGUUGAGUGGAUGGACUACACCUUCUUCAUCGGAUUCUCAAGAGACGUUGGCAUGACCUUGUACGACAUCCGGUUCAAGGGCGAGAGGAUUCUGUAUGAGUUAGGUCUCCAGGAAGCAUUGGCCCAUUAUGCCGGAGGAGAUCCCGUUCAAUCUGGCACCUCGUACCUCGAUUCGUACUACGGAUUUGGUCCUUACGCCUUUGAGCUGGUGCCUGGCUACGAUUGUCCCGAGUACGCGACGUAUCUCAACUCAACGUUCUACGUCGAUGAGACUACUCACACACAUCUCAACUCCAUCUGCUUGUUCGAGUUCACGGCCGACUAUCCGAUGCAACGUCACAGCACGAGCGAAUAUGUCGCCAACACCAAGAACACUUACUUCAGCGUGCGCUCGGUGUCGACCGUCGGCAACUACGACUACAUGUUCACCUACAGCUUCUACACCGACGGCUCCAUCGGGGUUGAAGUCCGCGCAUCCGGCUACAUCCAGUCGGCCUACUACACAACCGGCUCCGACUUCGGCUGGAAGAUCCAAGAAGCCCUGUCGGGGAGCAUGCACGACCACGUCCUCAACUUCAAAGCCGACUUCGACAUCCUCGGCACGGCCAACUCCAUGCAGUUCGUCGAGAACGUGCCCGUCUCCCGCGUCUUCCCCUGGUCUAACGGCAAGGCCCGCAACACAAUGCAGCUGCAGCGCUCCACUCUCACCACCGAGGACGAAGCCCGUUUCGACUGGGGCGUCAACUCUGCCAAGCAAGUCCUCGUCGUCAACACUGACGCACCUAACAAAUGGGGCGAGAGCCGGGGAUACCGAGUCCUCCCCAGCUUCGGGGCCAUGCAUUUGACGGUCAAGGACUCGAGCAACCUCGUCAACGCCGCCCGCUGGGCCGAGUACGACAUCCAAGUUACGCGGCAACACGACCAUGAGCCCCGCGCCGCGCAUGCCUACAAUUCCCAGGACGUGAAUGACCCGCCCGUCGACUUCUCCGCUUUCUUCAACGGCGAGAGUCUCGAACAGGAGGACUUGGUCCUGUGGCUGAACGUGGGUAUGCACCACGUCCCCAACACGGGUGAUCUGCCCAAUACCGUGUUCACGACGGCGCAUGCGGGUCUGACAUUUGCGCCGAAUAAUUAUUUCGACAUGGAUCAGAGCCGUCGCACGGUCAAUAUGGUGCGGAUCAAUUACUCCGGUGGGAGUGCGGCCGAGGUCGAGACAUUUGGGCAGAAGGCUGCUACUUGUGCGGUGGAUUUCACGCCUGUCGAGUACGAUCUGUGGCAGUAUAAGGGGGAUGUGGUCGUGCGGAAGUUUCCCUAUGAUCCGAAUGAUCCGUAUUAUGAGACGGAUAGUAUUGUGUAA